GUGCUGAGCCGGCCGCGGGCGCGUCUCCGCAGGGCUGGAUCGAGAUCGUGGGCUGCGCUGACCGCUCCUGCUACGACCUGCGCUGCCACUCGAGAGCCACCAAAGUCCCGCUCGUGGCCGAGAAGCUGCUCAAGGAGCCCAGGACGGUGAACGUGGUGCAGUUCGAGGCGAGCAAAGCCGCCAUCGGCCGGGCCUACAAGAAGGACGCGCGGCUCGUCCUCGACUACCUGGCCGCCUGCGACGAGGCCUACGUGUCCGCCAUGGAGGGCCUCCUGCACGAGAAGGGGGAAUUCACCAUCGAGACGGAGGGGAAGACGUUCCAGGUGACCAAAGACAUGGUCAGCGUGCAGCGCUCGCAGAAGACGCUCCACGGUGAGAGCGCGGGCGCCGUCCCUCCUCGGCAG